UACAGUCACAGGAGGAAAGUUCUGAUAAUCCUGCGCGGUGGCUUGUGAGUCAGCAGCUUGAGCACAGGCAAGAUUUGAAGCUUUUUCUCCUGCAAACUAAGACAGAAGCUGUCAAAGCGUGCCGUGGUUGAGUGCUGCGGAGGAAGGCAGGAUGCUGUCCCGACUGCGCGCGGCCGUGGUGCCCUGCGCCCUGGCGCGGCACGGCCUGCACACCAAGGAGAAGGGCAAGCCGCUCAUGCUGAACCCGCGCACAAACAAGGGCAUGGCCUUCACCCUACACGAGCGACAGAUGCUUGGGCUGCAGGGACUCCUACCUCCCAAAAUAGAGACACAAGACAUCCAAGCCUUGCGCUUCCACAAGAAUCUGGCAAAAAUGACUGACCCCUUGGAAAAGUACAUCUACAUCAUGGGCAUCCAGGAGAGGAACGAGAAGCUGUUCUACCGGGUGCUGCAGGACGACAUCGAGCGCCUGAUGCCCAUCGUGUACACCCCGACGGUGGGCCUGGCCUGCUCCCAGUACGGACACAUCUUCAGGAGGCCCAAAGGAUUAUUUAUUUCCAUCUCAGACAGAGGCCACAUCAGGUCAAUUGUGAACAACUGGCCAGAGAACGACGUUAAGGCUGUCGUUGUCACCGAUGGAGAAAGAAUAUUGGGUCUUGGAGACCUGGGUGUGUACGGGAUGGGAAUCCCAGUGGGAAAGCUGUGUUUGUACACAGCCUGUGCGGGGAUACACCCAGAUAAAUGCCUGCCUGUGUGCAUCGACGUUGGGACUGAUAACCCAACGCUCCUCAAGGACCCCUUCUACAUGGGGCUGUACCAGAAGAGGGAUCGCUCGCAGGUCUACGAUGACCUGAUAGAUGAAUUCAUGGAAGCCAUCACGGACAGGUACGGCCAGAACACGCUCAUCCAGUUUGAGGACUUUGGGAACCACAAUGCUUUCCGCUUCCUGAGGAAAUACAGGGAGAAGUACUGUACCUUCAACGACGACAUCCAAGGGACAGCCUCGGUGGCCUUGGCAGGACUGCUGGCAGCGCAGAAAGCCACUGGGAAACCACUGACAGAUCAGAAAGUGCUGUUCCUUGGGGCGGGAGAGGCCGCCCUGGGAAUUGCCAACCUGAUUGUGAUGGCCAUGAUGGAAAGCGGUGUUUCCUGUGAGGAGGCCUCCAGGAGAAUAUGGAUGUUUGACAAGCACGGCUUGCUGGUCCAGGGCCGGGAGCAGAAGGUGGAUUCCAACCAGGAGCCGUUCACACAUCAGCCUCCAGAGCACAUACCAAAGACGUUUGUCGAGGCAGUGAAUGUACUUCGGCCUUCAGCUAUCAUCGGCGUUGCUGGGGCAGGACGCCUGUUCUCCCAGGAUGUGCUGAAAGCCAUGGCUUCCAUCAACGAGCGGCCCAUCAUAUUCGCCCUGAGCAACCCCACGGUGAAGGCUGAGUGCACGGCAGAGGAGGCGUACACCACGACUGAGGGCCGCUGCCUGUUUGCCAGCGGCAGUCCCUUCGAGCUGGUGACGCUCAAGGAUGGAAGAACCUUCAAGCCCGGCCAAGGAAACAACGCCUACAUUUUCCCAGGCGUGGCUCUGGCGGUGAUCCUCAGCAGCGUCCGGCACAUCAGCGAUAAGGUUUUCCUAGAGGCUGCCAAGGCCUUGGCGGAGCAGUUGACAGAUGAAGAGCUUGCACAGGGAAGACUUUAUCCUCCGCUGUCCAAUAUCAGGGAAGUUUCUAUUUAUAUUGCUGUCAAGGUGAUGGAGUUCCUGUACGCCAACAACAUGGCCUUCCACUACCCCGAGCCCGCCGACAAGGACCGCUACAUCCGCUCCAAGGUCUGGACCUACGAGUACGAGUCCUUCAUGCCGGACGUGUACGACUGGCCCGAGUCCAAGGUGCACUGACGCGCCGCACUCCUCAGGCAGCACCGCCUACUCUGCAGGGAUCCCUUCCUCACAACAACUAAAAUCACCGUCUCGGGCUCCUCUAAUUUAUUUGCGCUCAUUUCGUUGCCUUUUUUUUGGUUUGUUUUGUUUUUCCCCCCUUCCUCACACCCCGUUUUUUAUCUGGUUUCUCCCAAGUACCUGACGAACGGUGUGGAUGACAGCCACAGGGAUGAGAGAGCCCUCCAAAAUUAAUUUAAACGAUGGCAUUGCAUUUCUAGCUCAGAGCCAGCACCACACUGAAGAAUUCCGUUGAUGAUGCUUUUCACUCCGUGCAUUUGGUGAUGAACUGUAGCUCUCUCAUCACUGCUGAUCUCCAGAAUGAUUUAUUUCUGCCUUUAAUAAUCAGUCUUCUAAUUGUCCUAGUGCUGUCACACUGCAUUAGCCUGUGGCAUCAAGGGAAACCACUUCUCUUAAAAAAAAAAAGAAAAAAAAAGAAAAAAAAAGGAGAAAAGGGGCAGUUAAAGACAAGUUCAAGAGUCUAAUGGGCCUUCUGUUUUGUUUAAUGUUUGAAGAUGCCCAUGUCCUGAUAUCCUUGUGGCACUGGCUGCUGUUUCCUUGAGGGGCGGCCAGAUGUACAUGUGUGGAGUCUGCAGCAAAGCUGGCAGUUUUGUUUUCAUCACUCAAUGAAAGCUGUUCUCAGGAAAAAUGUGAACUAGUCCAGAUUGUCCUUGGGAAGCCUGAAAAUCAUAUCAACCACUUCACAGAUUUUAGAAACAAAGCGGCGCUGUCGCAGGGUAAAUUUUAUCGGGUAGAGGUAGGACCUGAAGUAAUUUAUGGAAAUCUCUUAGAGAUUUUACAAGGAAGUUUUACACAAUGGACUCGAGAUGACGUACCAAAGGAUUUUUAUUUAAUUUUUUAAUUGUUUCAAGAUUCUGUUUUGUCUAAGCCAGGUUGUUUUCUCCCUUGCACCCCCUGGGCCUCACGAAAAGACUCGUGUGUGAUGUCCUAUGGCACUGCUGGCUCGAAAGCUCCACAGUGGACUCACUUGGAACAAGCGCCCCGUGGGCAGCAGAUGAAGCUGCGAGUGGUGUCAGGCAGCUGUUUGCACCAGCCUGACUGAAUGUUUCCUGUGGCAGUGUGAGUACUGGACUCAAAAACGCCAUGCCUACCAUCGCUCCGCCUCACUCCACCCGCAGGUCUAGUUUGUCAGAGCUCUUGUGUGAAAACAGCAAUCUCCAGCGGAGUUUUCCCUUGCCAGGGGUUGUGCUGCAUGUUUGCUACAGAAACCACAGUGUGUGAUCCCCUGGCUGUGGGGCAGAGAGACUGAAGUGACCAGGGACAGGCAGGGACACCCAGUGAGGGCCAUGGUCUGUGACUCCCCCGAGUGUGGUCCCUGCAGCCAGAGCAGUGAUGUGCCAGGAGCAGAAAUAAUCUGCUAAAAAAAAUAAAAAUAAAAUAAAAAAUAAAGCAGGAUCCUUGCUGCUCCACAGCUUGCUGCAGCAAGGCAGGGGUAGGACAGGAGUAAAUAAAAUAGAGAGAUAGCAGCGCUGUGCUGGCAAACAUCAUCCAAAGAGAUAAAGUAAAGCUUGCUCGGGAUUUAGCCGUGGCAAACACUGCUCUUGUAUCCUUAAUUAUGAAGGAAAAUGCAGUCUCCACAGAACAGGCCAGAACAGAGCAGGGAAAAUGGUCUCAGAACCCCCUUAGGCACCUACAGCCCAGUCUCUGGCUGUAAAAUUACAUUGAUACAAAGAACAGUAAACUUUCCCCCUAAGUGGGGAAAGAAGACUGAUUAUAUAAACACAGAAAAGAGUGGUGCAGGGAAAAACCUGUGGUGUUGAAGCUGUGGUAAAGUGUUGUGUGGUGGGAAGUGCUUCACUGCUGAGUCCUGAGGUGCACGUGGACAGGAGCUUGCCCUUGCAAGUAAAUGUACAAAAGACACCAACACACACACACACACAGAGGAUGUUUCUACAAAGAGUGCUUUUUUCAUCUAUUUUUGCUAUGCCUUGUUUUUAUCAUAUUUAAGUUAGUGGUCCUACUGAAAAAUAAUUUAAUUAUUUAUUCAGCGUAUGGAUUGUUUUUGCCUUCUGAAAACCCAGCUGUGUCUGAAGCCUGUUGUAUUGUGCCAGUGGAGUUGUGCAUCGCUGGGUUCCAGAGUACCGGGAACACACGCCUCCUCCCUCCUGCCCAGUUAGACCAGUAACAAAACCACCCCAAAACGCACUGAUCUCACGUCCCAGAGGCAGGAGAACCGGUCCCUGUGGGAAACGCAGAUCCACAGCCGCUCCUUCAGUCCGCUUAUUUUAUUUUCAAGGCUUGCCGCUGCUGUCCGUAACCCGUGGCCAGGGGUAGCGCCCAGGAGAAGCAGGACCUUGGGAAAGCCGCGCUGGCUGCGGGCAGCAGGGCCCUGCUUUGGGAUUUUUGGGUUCCCAAAGGGAGCCCCCACGCGUGCUGUGAGCAAUCUCGUCUCUGGCACAGCCUCCCAGCUGUCUUCCAGCAGAUGCCAGGAGGGAUUGCUGAGAGCCGGCUGGCAGCGGGGCUUUCCCAAGCACAAAUGUCGCUGCACAGUAAUUUUCCUGGGAAUCCCGCUGUCAGGAGCAGCCCCGCUGGCUCUGUCCCCUGUGGCACCCGGGCCGUGCUCACCCUCCUGGGCUUUCUCUGCCUCUGUGCCUGCCCUGCAGUGUGGCAAUGUGGGAUUUUCCCUUCCACUGUUGGCAGCAGGCCAGCUCACAGAGGGUUAACUCCAUUUCACCCCCUCUGCCAUCUCCUCCAGGAUAUCUUUUUUUUUUGAUACGUCAAAUUUUCAGAUAAACAGAUUCAUGCCCAGCUGUUCUUCAGGUACAAUUAAUCCUUGAACCAAUUACAACUGCUAAUCUUGCUGGCUACUAAGGAACCAGUUUUCCUUUUCCAUAUUAUUCUUAACAUGAUUUUUUUUUUUUCUGUUUGCUGGCUUAUUCAAAAUAUUUACCAAUCUUUGUCUGUACAGAAAAUUCUCUUUAGACAGUAUGCAAAGGGAAACAGGUGUCACCAGGAUGCAUUUUGUCGUGUUACAUAGCGUAAGUUAAAAAAAUACAUCACCUAGAGGACCACCAGUGUUGUAGCUUGUCACACAGCCCCGGUGACUCGCCCUCCAAAUGAUACAAAAGACUGUCUUCCAUGUCUCUGGGGCACGCAGAACCCUUCUGAGAGCAUCAGGAGCUUCCCUGAGGUCAGGCUCUUCCAGGAUUUAUCCAGUCCUUGCUUCCUUAAAAUCAGCCUGGCUGAGCCUCUUGGCAGCGACCUGUAGGAACAUUCAGGGGACAGUGAAAGUACCUAACGAAGCACAGCCUUUCUUUAUAGAACACGUGUGUUUUUGUUCAGAGAUGUUGCAAAGGUCUGUGUGUUCCCGAAGCCUCUGCCCAGGUCUCCACAUGGCAUGUGGAAGGCGACGAUUAAAGUGCUGUGUCCGAUGUAUUUUAAACCCCCGGUGUGACCCGUGGCACAAGUUCUCAGCUGCGUUUGUGGACAGUGGUGCAUCCUGACCCUUUGUGUUCGUUCCCCAAGCUUCAAACCGAGCGGCACUUACCCUGCAGAGUGGUGUGUAACAGGUUUCCUGUGGUCGGUGCGUGUCUUCCUCUCGUACUGUUGUUUCCAGCACGCUGUUUCAUGGGGAUAAAGUAACUCUGUCACACUCCUCCGGUAGUUCCUGCAAAGAUGAACGAUGCACCUUUUAGCUUCUCGUUAGCAGCCCUGCGUGGUGACUGUUCCCGUGGGAAAGUGGGGAUCACUGUCGUAGAGCUCCAACCCUGGUUUUAGUUCAGCUGACCCCGGCGCAGUCCCGGCUGUUUUCCCUUGGCAGAGCUGCCGAGCCGAGCUCCUCUGCGGGUCACACACCGCUGUCUCCCGUCGGUGCCGGAGCAGUUGGGGCUGCUGUUCCGUCCUGAGUGCUCCCCGUGCUCAGAAAGGCCAUCAUCGCUGCAUUCCUCAGGAUGACCCACGCCGCUGGCCCGUUCUGUGAGAGCUGUGGGCAGCGGGCAGGGCUGCUCUCGGUGGAGAGAGGAAACGCAGAGCCAAGCUCUGGCUGCAGAACCAGGCUCUGAAUGCAGAGCCAAGCUCUGACUGCACUGCCUUGGCAGCUGAAUCCGAGCAAAGCCAUUCAGCUGCCGCUGCUGGAGGCACCCUGCCCGCUGCCAGGAGCGCAGCAGUGCGGCGUCAGUAUCCUCAGUUCCAUAGCAAAACACAGCCCGAGCCCGUGUUCUCCAUGGGCAUGGCGCUGGCUCGGGGAGCACAGCUGGAGGAAGAGCUGCUGUCACCGUUUGUCCUGCUCGGGCUGCUGGGCCGUCGUGUUCCCCGGGCACACGAGGCCAGCGCUGCACUGAGCUCGGCUCUCCACCAACCGCUGACUUUGACUCAUCCCUUCCUCCGCUGCAUCCUUCCUAGCGGGAAUAAAAACACCCUUGGGACUGAAGAUGGCUGCUUUCUCAACAAAACGGCAAAAUAAUCUGCAUUUAUUUCUGUCUUAAACAUAUCUACCUUAAGCAAAUCAAUGUAAGCCUGCUGGUGAGAGCAGUUCUAGGCUGGUGUGUGCCGGCUUGGCUGUGCCUGGGAGGGUCAUUGCUCAGCUGAAACUAAAACUGUGUAAAAUGUGGACUGGUUGGGGUUUCUUCCUACUUUAUAACAUUGUAACUCUAUUGAAAUGUGUGUUCUAGUCUUCUAUUUUCUUAGUAAAAUGCAUUCCCUUUGCCUAA